GUUCCAACGGUCUUUUUUAGAAGUCCUGCUGAUAGUCCCCUGUGACAUUGAAAGUCACACAUGAUCUAAGUAUCACUGAUCCUGUUUAGAUGAUGCAUCUUCGGGUCUGCUCGCUGGCAUUCAUAAUUUGCGAAAGAUCCUUCACAAGAGUAAGUCACAAAUUUCUCGUGGGAAAAAUCCACGAAGGCACGACUCCUGAAAGUUAGUUGUUCUUUUUCUCACUACCCUGGUGCUUGAUGUGCCAGAUGCUACCUCUACGUUAGUGGUGGUUUAGCCAGUUGUUCUGAAACCAUCGAAUUGACUGAUUGAAAAAGCAACCCAGAGUCUUUCAGUCUUUUUCACUGUGCUUUUGUUUCUUGUAUGCAAACUGGUCUUGAAUUUUGUUGAGCCGCCAACCAAGGUCAUUCCUACUCCCAUCGAAUCCAGCAGAUAAAGAGAUUUAGUUUAGGGCACAGAGUUGCUUACUUUUCUUUUGCUCCAGCAGUGAAUCCAUCAAGCUACCAUUAUCUUACUUACUUCCUUGAGUUGAUUCGAUUCGAUACAAGUCAACAUGAUGAUGUCAUUCCGCCUCCUCUUUUUGGCCGCUACCGCGAGCAGUGUGUUGUCUGGCACUCCCGACAAUGUGUCUUCCCGAUUAAUGGUUCAUGUCCCGCACCAUCUCUUCAAAGAAGGAGGGUACGAUCACCGCGAAGCUCUGUUUGGACGACCUCCCUACGGCGGCUCCAUUUCUCAAUCGGUCUACUACACGGAAGAUGAUCUGUGCGAUCCCAGCAAAGCCGUCUUGCACACACAUCCCCACGACGUCAACGAAAAGGGAGAAACCGUCCUCAAGUCGCCCUUUAUUCUCAUGGUCAAUCGAGGCAACUGCGCCUUUGUCCAAAAAGUUCGCAACGCCCAACGCAACGGCGCCGCCGGAGUGGUCAUUGCCGACAAUGUCUGUCUCUGUUCCGACCAGGAGUGCAUGGCCCAUCAAGAAUCACAAGCCUCUUCCGGCGGAGUCGCUCCAGCACCCUGCGAAACGGCAGAACCCGUCAUGGCCGAUGACGGCAGUGGCUCGGAUGUCUCCAUUCCGUCCUUUUUAAUGUUUAAACACGACGCUGACAAGGUCAAGGACGAACUCGCCAAGAAUCGACCCGUACGAUUGGAAAUGCAAUGGUCGCUACCCCAUCCCGACAGUCGCGUCGAGUACGAUCUAUUUUCCAGUCCCACCGAUCCCGUCGCACAUCACUUUCUCAACGAAUUCAAGCCCAUUGCCAAGGCACUGGGACAUCAUGCCUACUUUACGCCACACAUGUACGUAUUUGAUGGAGUUCGGAGUCAGUGCCACGGAAUGAACGGAGAGAAUCAGUGCUUCAACUUGUGUUCAAAUAACGGGAGGUAUUGCGCCAUGGACCCUGAUAAAAACUUGGAUUCCGGUGUGAGUGGAUUCGAUGUUGUCAAGGAAUCACUCCGACGACACUGCAUCUGGAGCAAUUACGGAGAAGACGACGGUGUCGGCGAAAAGUGGUGGGACUACGUGUCCGAAUUUGACAAGCGUUGUGGAAAUAUGGAUUACUUUAACAACCCCGACUGUGUCAAUGAUGUCUACCAUCACUCCCACGUCGACGGUGAUCUCAUUGAACGAUGCAUGCAAAAUUCCGGAGGCCUGGAAAAGGACGCCACCAACUCCUUUUUGGAAUCCGAACUUAAGGCACAAACCGACCUGGGCGUUGUCAUUAUGCCCACGGCAUUUGUGAAUAAGGUCGCCAUUCGCGGAGCCAUGUCGGUUGCCAAUGUCUUUCAAGCCGUCUGUGCCGGAUUUGCUGCCGGAUCCCGUCCUCACAUUUGUACCAUGUGCAGUCACUGCGGUGAUCCCGCCGCCUGUGUCCAUCACGGACAUUGUACCGCACACAUGGGGGGUGGAUUCAUGCACGAAAGUCUCCCCAAGGGAUCCGUUUCCACCCACAGCUUUUAUGGAUGGAUGCUCUUUAUUGUCGGAUGCUUCUCCGUCGCGGCGGCCUGGCAUUACAAAAAGAGCCGGGACGAUAUGCGACAACAGGUCCGAACCAUUUUGGCCGAUUAUAUGCCACUCAACGACUCGGAUCAAAUGGGAGGUUCUCCUGGAGGUGGUAUGCAAAUGCCCGCCUUUGGGGGCAAUGCCCAAAUGGCCGUCUCGAGCAUGAUGGGUAUGGGAUCGUCGCAGCAGUCGCAGGCACCACCAUCGGCUCCGCAAUAUAAUCCUGGCAGUCUCUUGUAAAACAAACAAACAAGCAAGCAAAAGGUGGAAAUUAAAGAAUGAAAGGAAAACUUGCUGUUGGGAAAUUUGCAAGAGAAAGGAAAGGAGAGAGUAUAGAAAGCCAACAAGGAUGGAAAGAAGAAAAAAGCACGGUCAGGUCUGCAAGAAAGAAGGAGACGUACGAGUAGACGACCAAAUAAAACCAGUUGUACGUAUUCCAUGAU